UCGCGGAGCCCCGGGGCACUGACAGAGCGACAGACAGAUCAUCGACACAGACUGAUCAUUUUGGAGUUGCACUCCAGCUACCAAAGGAAUCUCGUCGAUAAAUCGGUCGCUGUGAGUGAUAAGAGUGUUCUCGACAAGUGCAUACGGCCUAUGAAUUUAGACCAAAACCGCUAUUCUAAUAGCGAAACACAUCAAGAAGUGGCUCAACAGAGCGCUUCUAUUAAAUUAACAACAAAUCACACUGUACCAGAGAAAAAACAAGACACCGAACCUAAAAUUGCCAUUAAAAGAAAAAACCAGAUCGCCAACAUGGGAGGCUCAAAAAAUCAGAAAAUCGACUCAGUGUCAAUCAAACUACAGAACAGAUUCGAUUGCCUCACCGAUACAACACAAGAUGGAAAAGAAGAUGAAAAGAAUGAAGCAGAAGAAGAAAUGGAAACAACACCAACUACGAAAACUAAAGUUUUACCAAUAGUCGUAGAUAUUGCAACCAUCAAUCUGGAUUACACUAAAACACUAAUCAAAAAAGUCAAAGAAAUAAUGCCAGAAACUACUAUGAAAUACACACCGAAACAGCUCACUUUUUACACGAAAAGUGUAAACAACUAUCAAACCAUUAUUGAACAUCUAAACAAAAAUAAAAUUUGCUACCACACAUACAGUCGAAAAGAAGAUCUCGAUAAAAAAUUCGUCAUCAAGGGCUUGCCACCUAUUGAUAUUGAAGAAUUAACAACCAGUUUAACUGAGCAAGGUGUCAUACCUAAAAAACUAGCAAAGAUGAAACGACAAAAAAAACCAUCUGACCCCACUGAAGAGAGCUUUGCCACAUAUUACUUAGCACACAUUGGAAUGCCAAUGGUUUGA